AUGUACAAAGGCUACGGUCCUCAGUUAAACCCUGAUCACUACAGGUCUCAACCUUUCAUAUCAACAAAUUCCAAACCCGAGAGUGAAGGAGAGCCCAAUGUUGAUGAACGCCACAACUCCACGUCAGACUAUGAGACACAACAUGCUGGCAGUGACUGUGAGAUCUCAGAGUUGGGUAGAGAAGUUAAUCAGAAGCUCCACGCUGGCUCUGAUCAACCCGCAAAGAUCCGCGCUGUUCCGAUCCACCGGCGUCCGGACCUGCUGGUUCCCUGCGCUGACCUCGUCAACUCCGAGUGGCAGAGGAGCCAGGCGGCCCGGGUCCACUCCCUCCAGAAGUCCUGUCCAGAGUUCCCCGUCUGUCUGGUUCUCCUGCAGGGACGCAGAGAGACGGAGCGCCUGCUGGGCCACGCUCGCCUCUCCCAGGUUGUAGGUCACACCAGCUGCCUGUUCGUGGAGUCCGUGGUCGUGUCCGAGGCCGAGCGAGGGCGGGGCUACGGCCGGACUCUUAUGGAGGAGGUCGAGCGCUAUGCAAAAAGCAGAGGGUUCAAGCGCCUGUGCCUGACCACGCACGACAAGCAGCACUUCUACGCCCACAUCGGCUACGUGCUGUCCACGCCGGUGCAAAACGCCGGUGCCAUGACGGCGUUUGUUCCCAUGGAGAUGCUGUUGAGGUUCUCCAGGAUGCCUAGUGAAGAGGGGAACACACAGAGAGAGACAUGGGCAAAGAUGGAGGCUAAAGUCCCACAAGGGUCACCUCCACCUUCUGGUUUACCCCCUCCUCCCCCACCUCCACCUCCUCCUCCCAUGCCUCCUCCUCCACCCCUUUCUUCCAUCUCGUCUCCUCCCCCACCUCCUCCUCCUCCUCCCCCACCUCCACCUCCUCCUCCCAUGCCUCCUCCUCCACCCCUUUCUUCCAUCUCGUCUCCUCCCCCACCUCCUCCUCCUCCUCCCAUACCUCCACCUCCUCCUCCCUUGCCACCUCCAUCCAUCCCUCCUCCCCCUCCCCUUUCUUCCAUCCCCUCUCCUCCCCCGCCUCCUCCUCAGGCUGCAGGUCCGCCUGUCGUUCAGACUCUGACUGAAACUCCCUACAGGGAUGCCAAAGGAGUUCCCAUCUUUUGGAUGCACAAAGACAUUUGACCCUCUGUGAACUCAAACAUCAAGUCAACACAACAAGCACACAGGAUUGUUGUUUCAGUGAAAGCAAACUGUUGAAGUAAACCAAAGAGAUGCAGAAACAAUCAAGUACACAUCCACAUUCACUUCCUACAUUUUGAAGAGUUAAGAGUCGAUAAAAGCUCUAAUCUUGAAUGUGAUGUGGCAAAAGAAUAUUACAACACAAAUAACGAAGCACACACGUACAAAGAAAACAAGACAAGGUACAAUUUAAGUGCACAACCAGAGAUUUCUUGUUAUGCUAAAAAAAAAAGAUAAUCACUAAAUACAUCAGUGUACGGAAGACGAUUAGGGCCAGGUGAACAUGUUGAACAGUAUUAUAAGAGCAAACCUAUUUUGGCCAAUCUGAAAAACUGGAACAAGAAAACUUACCUUUGCCUUUAGAGCAGCCAUUGCCUUAAAAUGUUGCCGACCUCCUGUGUGUGUGUGUGUGUGUGUGUGUGUGUGUGUGUGUGUGUGUGUGUGUGUGUGUGUGUGUGUGUGUGUGUGUGUGUGUGUGUGUGUGUGUGUGUGUGUGUGUGUGUGUGUGUGUGUGUGUGUGUGUGUGUGUGUGUGUGUGUGUGUCUGUGUGUGCUGCUGAUCGAUCAUGUGAUACUGUUACUGUGAGUUGAAACGUGCCUUGUUGAACUGAAGCCUUGUUGAGUUUGAAAGAUUGAGAGGUUUGAGAGUGAUGCAUCUUAUCUGGUCUGAUACUUGAACAUGAACAUAAUGUCAAUUAAAAGAAAUGAAUGAUGAA